AUGAGAACGGAGAUGAAGGAUGAAACUCAAGCUCUGGUGAAUGAUACUGGUAACCUUGGGAAAUUCUCACAACUCCUUGCUUCCGGAGAUCGUGAUUAUCUUCUCUCUCCAACCGGGGCUCAGGUGAAAGUUUCUGGUCUUGAAGGGAAAGUAGUGGGUCUGUUAUUCGCUGCCAAUUGGUACCCACCAUGCCGCGGAUUCACCCAAGUCCUAGUUGGAAUCUACGAGGAGUUGAAAAGCCGUGUUCCCCAAUUUGAGAUUGUGUAUGUGUCCUCUGACGAGGACUUGGACGCCUUUAAUAACUUCUAUGGAAACAUGCCGUGGCUAGCGAUUCCGUUCUCUGAUUUGGAAACAAAGAAAUCCUUGACCAGAAAGUAUGAGGUGGAAGGCAUUCCAUGCUUGAUUUUGCUGCAACCAGAGGAUGGUAAAGAUGCGGCAACAGUUCGUGAUGGAGUUGAACUUAUUUACCGUUAUGGAGUCCAAGCUUAUCCCUUCUGUAACCAGAGGUUGGAACAACUGCGUAAGGAAGAUAAAGUGAAGCGUGAAAACCAGACCCUCCUUAAUUUACUAGCAAACCAACAUAGAGACUAUGUUUUGAGUCACUCUCACUCUGGGCUGAAACAGGUACCUGUUGCUUCUCUGGUGGGAAAAACAAUUGCACUCUACUUUUCCGCGGAAUGGUGCGUCCCAUGCGCCAAGUUCACUCCCAAACUCAUUUCCGUUUACGAGAAAAUUAAGCACGAGCUAGCCGAGAAGGGAGAGGAAGACUUCGAAGUUGUGCUGGUAUCCAGCGACCGUGACAAAGCAUCCUUUGACUCCUACUACAGCAGCAUGCCUUGGUUAGCCUUGCCUUUCGGUGACUCCGAGAUCAAGAACCUCGUUCGCCACUUCAACGUUCAAGGGAUUCCUUGGUUGGUGAUUAUAGGUCCUGAUGGUAAAACAAUAACAGUGCAUGGUAGGAGCUUGAUCAACUUGUACCAAGAGAGCGCUUACCCUUUCACGAGCGCCAAAGUGGAGGAGCUGGAGAAACAGCUGGAGGAAGAGGCGAAGGAUCUUCCAGCGUUGGUGUAUCAUGAAGGGCAUCGACAUGACCUGAAUUUGGUGUCAGAUGGGAACGGUGGAGGACCCUUUAUCUGCUGUGUGUGCGAUGAACAAGGGUCUAGUUGGGCUUACCAGUGUCUCCAAUGUGGAUAUGAAGUGCACCCCAAGUGCGUCAGAACUGUGGACCGUGACAACAGUGUGUUAAUAACUAAUUAA